AUGCUAGCUAGAAUUCAAACUGUAGGGACUAGUCUAAUUACUAAGACCACUGCUUUAGUGACGAAGACAGUCGAAAAGACUGUAUACUGUGGUAAAGUUACUGGCGAACUUUCGAAACAAAUUUACAAAUCCGAAAAGUUACAACCACCAUCCUUAGAUGAAUUUAAAUCUGUAUACAUGAACCUAUACAGCAAUUCUUUAAGAUACAUUAAAACUCCACAACAAGCUGUUAAUUGUUUAAAGGCUUCUGGAAAGAACGAUCUUUUGAAGUAUGGUGCCAUUGGUAUUCAAUUACUAGGUUUCUAUUCUGUUGGUGAGGUUAUUGGUAGAAGAAAGCUUGUUGGUUAUAACAGCUAUGCAGAGAAGGCAAUUCACCAUUGA